UUUAAAAAUUAAACAUCGUUUUAUUUGCAUGCCGCUUUCGAUUUGCAUGUGUCCAACGGUCAUUAUUUGUUUGAAAGUGUGAUUGAUAAAAGCGCCAUCUGUGUUUGAGAGUCUGCGUUACGUUAAAGCGACGCGUGUCGCCAUCUAGUGGUCACGCAGGUGCAGUGCCCGCCGCCGGAGGCGCCGCGCCACGGGAAGGCGGUGUAUACUUCGUGCGCCUACAACUCGGUGGUGUCUUACGAGUGCAAAUAUGGCUACAGACUGGUGGGAGACGCUACAAGGCGCUGCGGCGCUGAUAAGAAGUGGUCGGGGACUCAACCUUUGUGCAAAGAAAUCAACUGCGGACAUCCCGGCCAGCUCUGGAACGGUUGGCUCGAGAACAUCUCCUCGGGAACCGGACUGGGGGCGUCCAUCAUCUUCCGAUGCCAGGACGGGAUGAAGAUGGAGGGAAACGGGUCAGCGAUCUGCCAGAAUGAUGGGACUUGGAGUCAUCCGUUGCCUCAGUGUUUAGCACCGUGCGUAGUUCCCCAUGUCUCCCAAGGCCACAUCAGACUAGUAGAAAACAAAACAGGCGAGAACGAAACUCAAGAAGAGAACACCCAGAUCGUCGGCAGUUCAUCCAUGGUGCAACACGGGGAGAUUAUCCUGGUGGACUGUGAGCAGAACUAUGAGUUCCCGUCGAAUAAUGCGGCGGUGACGUGUAAUAAUGGGACUUGGACUCAGAUACCUAGAUGUAGUCCUGCGAGGUGUAAGAAAAUGCCCCGCUUCCCCCGCAACGGUAUGGUCAUCGCCCCUAAGACAGAACACGGUAUGAAGGCCCGGUAUCGCUGUAAAGAUGGCUAUGAGCUGAGAGGCAACCCUAUUGUGGUCUGCUCUUUCGGUAACUGGAGUGGGGAGGCUGCUAAAUGCGAAGAAGUGUUCUGCCCUUUCCCGGGCUACAUCGAGAAUGGGAAGGUUUUGCUAGUCGGUAAUAUGGGGCUCUACGAUUACAGACCUUAUGUUAAGAAGGUGGUGAACAAUAAACAGAUAAUGUACGAGUGUGACAAGGGCUACGUGCUGUCUGAGGGACCCCCUGGAGCCACGUGCGUUGGAGGUCAUUGGAGUCCCAGGGAACUGCCCAAGUGCACUCUAUUUCAGCAUCCCCGUAUAAGAUGGAAUCGCAGACGCCGCUCCAUACCGGAAACGGAAAUACGUCACAGGCGAUCCGCCUUCCUGCGACAUUACUAUAACAACAUCCGGCGCCAAACUGAAGCUCCUGAUCCAUACGUAGAUGAACUAUACAGUAAAUAUAACCAUGAUGACCCAAAACCCACUUUAAGACACGCUAAUUUCAAAAUAUUGAAGAAAUUCGAUAUAGAAUCAGAUGGAGAUGAAAUGGAAACAGAAACUGAACAUGAGAAUGGUGAGAAUUUCCCAACUGCCGUAUACACAGUUUACAAUGUACAUGGUGAACCUAUAGGACAUAGAAUGUAUUCAUAUCAGCCUGUAUACGAGCCUGAAGAUGAUGAAGUAAUACAAAAGGAAGACAGAUCGGAAUAUGAGGACUCCUCGGAGCUCGAUGAUGAUGAUUUGUCCCACGUUACGGUGUUGAAAGGUGGCAUGUUCCCUGAUCACCAAACAGAUGGACAUGCAAAGAAGAUUAACAUACUGAAACAUCAAUAUUUUGAACGAUACGUAGAUAAACGGAGGAAGAGAUUUUUAACGCCUAAAACAAGUGAAGAAAACAGAAAAGUAAUGAAUGUAGAAUUGCAAGGUGCUGAAAGUAAUAUAGUUGAAUUAACAACGAAAAGCAUAGAUAGUUCAACGCAUGCUAGAAUCAAACGAGAUGUGAAUACAGAGGAAGGUGAUACAGAUGUGUGGACUGCAAAUCCGGUUCAUACAGAUUUAGAUAACAUUAAUGAAAUCAGUAGCCAUCUUCUCAGGGUCCUGCCACUUGAAAUCGAAGAAAUUAAACCUCAAAAUGGGACAAAUAGCGAUAGCAAAGAAAUGGCGGUUAUACCUCUACAAUAUAACAAUACAAAUUCAACGGAGGUUGACAAUAUUUUGGACAAGCGCGACAAGAGAACUAGUAGAAAAACUGAUCGCUUAAAUCAGACGACCGCUGCAAUUCCUAAAACAGGACGUGACGGCAAAAGUGGGAGACUGAGACAACAACACUCAGACAGUGAAGAGGGAGCAGAACAGACAGAUUCAAAAGAAACUGACGGAGCGAAGUCAGAAGGAAACGGUGAAAAGGGGAAAAAGGGGCGACCAAAGAGCCCUUGUGAACCUAUCGAAAGUGAACCUUAUAUUAAUAUCGAAAUUGUCAAGUUGGGGCGUGACCCUAAUAACACUUUCAGCUCAGGAACAAUAGUGAGAGUAGCCUGUGGCAAAGGCUACGGUUUGAACUUGGAUCUGAAUGCGACAGCCAAAUGCGUUAGAGGGAGAUGGAAGCCAGACAAGCCGAAAUGUGAAAUCCUGCCCUGUCACGUGCCUUCGACGGAGUACGGUAUAUACACCAUGUCACCGGACGCCAGCCAUACGAACGUGGGUCCAAUCCUGGGGACCCCUGGGACGGGACAUGCGGAGGAGAGGGAACUCAACGAGACAGACCCUGUCCCUAAUGGGCAGGUCGUGCAUUUCUCCUGUGAAUAUGGAUACAAUGUCCAAGGACCAACAAACCUUCGCUGUUGGUUGGGAGAAUGGGCCGUUACCAGUAUGCCUGAAUGUGUCCCAGCGCCCUGCGAACUGCCCCAACUAAACGGGGCCACAUACGAAGCAGGCUACCGAGCAGGCCUGACCGUAGCGCACGCCUCAUCUGUCAACAUAGCCUGUGAAGCUGGCAGAUCACCACCAGCUACGCUCAACUGUCAUUUAGGGAGGUUGCAGCCGACUGUGCAUGAUUUUUGCAGGCCAUUAGCAAACUUGUCAAGGCCACGUCCAACGUCAGAGUUCCAGAGCGGAUCAGACAUAGUCAGAGAAGACGUGUCCGACCUCGAACCAGACUUGGAAGGGAAAGCGGUUGCAGAAUGUGGUCCACCGGCCAGGGUCCAAGGGACUCUGAUAUACCGAGAUGGAGCUGAAGUGAACGGAACUCAGAUCAUGGAAGGGUAUCCUCACGGAACGGAGAUCACAUUCAAAUGCAUAGCAUCCAUCAUGGGGGAGAAGACCACGUGGAAAUUGAUCUGUGAACAUGGCCAUUGGGUGGGGAAGAGCUUUAACUGUGAAGAAAUCGAGGCUCAAAAUGAGGAGCUCCUGAACAACAACAGCUGCACUUAUCACAACGAAGAACCACACGUGGUUUCUUUCUUCAAUGACUUGGAAAUCACCGAGACGGUUGACUUCCCUGCCGGAUCUGUUAUAGUCUCAAGAUGCAGUGAUAUCGGCAAGUAUGCCAUGACGGGGUCACAGACUAGGAAAUGCUUGGGCAGCACUUGGGACGGCACCAAGCCCACUUGCUUCGGACUCAACCAAGAGAACGACUAUGCCAUGGAGAAGCCCCCAACGAUCCUGUUCCGCUACUCCGGCGGCCCCAUCGCGCAGACCAACGAUGGGAAGCUGCUGGUCUACCCUGGGGUCUCACUCCACAUGGAGUGUCUUUGGAUGAGGAGGUUCGGGAACCCCAAGUGGAACUACACGCUUAAUCAUCCUGAAUCCGAGCGCAAGUACACAGAAGGAUGGACAACGGACCCUGGGCGGGACAGCCAGCUGGAGUAUCGGCUGAGCAUCAUCAGCGCAGAGAAGGAGGAUUCAGGAGUGUACCGGUGUGAGACGCCGGCCAGGCAGUGGCACCAAGUGGAGAUUAUUGUUGAAGACGUCCACUGUCCGCCUCUACCCAUCCGUCGUGGCCUCGUCGCCAGCGGACAAGGCACCCGUCUCGGCACCGAGAUCCGCUUCCACUGUGCUAACGGCAAUGCCUUACUGGGCGCUUCGAGUCUCGUGUGCCGAGCUUCGGGCAACUGGAGCGCUCCAUUACCAGUGUGUGAAAACAGACACGUUUCCGAUCUCCUACUUAUUCGUCGUGGCCUCGUCGCCAGCGACCGAGGGUGCCUCGGCACUGAUAUCCGCUUCCCUAACGGCAAUGCCUUACUGGGCGCUUCGAGUCUCGUGUGCCGAGCUUGGGGCAACUGGAGCGCUCCGCUGCCAGUGUGCGAAAGUGUUGAAUGCGGUGAAGUAAUCCACGACACGCCCCUGCAAGAAGGCGAGCGCCGCCCCCGCGUGGCCGUCGUGUCCCGCGGCGUCGGGGGCCGCGCGGCCUUCUCCUGCCCCGCCGGCUGGGCCCUCAGCGGGGCCUCGGAGACAGUCUGCCUGCCUGCUGCUGAUUGGGCCAGGCCUUUCCCAGUUUGUAGAGAGGUAUCCUGCCCAUCUCUACCCCCACCAGCAUCAGGCUACGUCCUCGGCCGCGCCCCCUAUCGCGCAGGCGACGUACUACAAUUCCAUUGCAAUCCCGAGCACACGCUGCAUGGAAGACCCAUACUUGUGUGUCAAGACAGCGGGCGGUGGAGUGACAAGCCUCCUACGUGUGCCCAAGCCUGCACGUACCCCGGCACCACAAUUUCGGGGCGAAUGUCGUCCGUCAAGUUUUACUACAAGAUCGGAGAAACUGUCAGCUUUACCUGCGAACCGGGCUAUAGGCUGAAAGGCGCACCCAUGUUGAGGUGCCUCAAAAACAGGAAAUGGUCUAAUGCCAUCCCCCUCUGCGCGCCAGCCUCGAACUACACAGACUCGCCCCUCCUCAUCGGCGACAUCGACGCCAUGUUGUCCGACUCGGCGGACAUUUUGAAAACACGCGCUACGCCCGCCAUCUUGUCGCCGGAGAGCUACAAGGCCGCCAUGACGAGAGUCGCUGCGACGAGGUUGCUUAGAAGGGCACCGAUAGAGAUAUAUAAGAAUAGGGUUAGCAGGGUUAACAGCUUGAUAAGAAGGGAUACGUUGAGAUAAUCUGGAACUCUUUA